CCUGAUCAACGCUUAUGGCCGCCGCCUUCACUUUGCUAAUGCGUUUGUGAUACAUUACAGCUAGCUUUAAUCUGUGUACAAGUAAAAUAUGGGACUGUAAUUAUAAAAUAAUUAAUUAAUUUUGGUCUGGGGAGACUGUGCGGGAUGCUGCAUCGCAAUGGGAAAUAUUUUUGGCAAAAAGAAACGAAGUCGAGUCACAGAACAGGACAGAGCUGUUUUGCAACUGAAGCAGCAGAGAGAUAAACUGAAGCAGUAUCAGAAGAAGAUCACUUUGCAGCUGGAGAAGGAGAGACAGCUGGCCAAGCAGCUGUUGAAAGAUGGCAAGAAGGAGAAAGCUCUCCUGUUGCUUAAGAAGAAACGAUUCCAGGAGCAACUUCUGGAUAAGACUGAUAACCAGAUAAGCAACUUGGAGCGUAUGGUUCAAGACAUUGAGUUUGCUCAGAUAGAGAUGAAGGUGAUUGAAGGACUGAAGGCUGGCAAUGAGAGCUUAAAGAAAAUGCAUGAGGUGAUGUCUAUAGAAGAAGUGGAGAGGAUUAUGGAUGAGACUCAGGAAGCCAUUGAGUACCAGAAGCAAAUUGAUGACAUUCUGGCAGGCUCUCUGACACAAGAGGACGAGGAUGCUGUAUUAGCAGAGCUUGAGGCUAUCACUCAGGGUGAUGUAGAGCUGCCUGAGGUGCCUGAUGAACAAUUACCAGAGAUUCCAGAUCAAACUCCAGAGCGGGAGAAGGAAAGGGUGAAGACAAAGCCGGAGAGAGAGCUGUUGGCUUUGUAGAGCCUCACCAGUGCAUUUCAGUACAGUUCCUGUGACUCCUGGGUGUAGAUGACAAGUCACUCCUCAGUAGAAAAGAAACUGUUUAGAUGCAUUAAUGAAAACCCUUAACCACGUGAGCCUAUUUAUGGCCCAUCAUAAAGAUUCUUGGGCCACAGAAGACCCACAAACCAUCAACUUGGGCUUUUUCACUGGACGGUGCUGUACAAUUUACACUUACUAAACCCAAUCUAGAGCUGUUCUUUUCCCAUACAACUAAGGCUGAGUUUCCAGGACAAACCUUUUACUGACUGUCUAGUUUUCUAACAAUUAGUUUGAAAGCAGAAUUGCUCUUGUCUUAAGUGACAAUCGUGUAGCUAUUAUUUUUAACCACUCACUAGUCAUGACUAUCUCUGCUUUUGCUUAGUAUUUGUGUGCCAUCCCUGUACAGGGCAAUUGAUAAAGUAAAUAACAUAAAACAGGUUUGGUAACUUUGUUCUGUACACACUGUCCAAAAGAAAAGUGCUCAGUUCUCUCUUGUGUAUUUGUCAAUGCUUGGUCUAAUGAAGAAAAGGGGUGAUUUUUUUUUUUUGUUUGUUUUCCUACAAUUACUGUCAACUAAUUACCUAAUGUGUUAUCAUUAACUUUUAACGGGUGUUUUUUUUUCUUACCUUCUAGACCUUUCAUGAUCUAACCCAAUAUUUUAACCAUCUGGAUGGAUAAAAUGGCACUUUGUUUCCUUUUCCUUAAAUAGGGAAUGAUUUCAUCAGUUGAAAUAUUGUCCUGACUUGUAAUAAAAUGCAUGUGAUGCUUAUAAGACUAUCUUGUCAAAAUUGUGGGCUAAAAAUGCUGUAUAAACGCUCCUUCAAUUUAUUACCUCUCUACACGGGUGCUAAAAAGACAACCCUUCUCUUUUGUUUAAGAGCCCCAUUUUAAUUAUCUUAACAUUGCCAUUGAAUGCUGUCAUACUUUUUUUGUUAUUUUUUUUUGUAGUCAUAAAUUUACUUUAGCCUUUUUUUUCCUGGUUUAAUUUUUUUUUUUUCUAUUUAUUCAUAUCUUUAAACUGAAAGUGUGUCCUUCCUCGGCAUAUCCAAGAAAAUAAAUAGACUUUCUUAUUCCUUAAUUGUGAUUUAUCUUUAUCAUGAAGGAAUGCCCUCAGUUGUUCUGCCUGCUCUCAGAGAUGUCCAGCACCUCUCCAUAGUCUUAAAGGUCUUUCAUUUUCUUAUUUUACAACAAUAAAAUUAUUUUAAUUAA